AUCGCCGGCCCCUUACGUUUGUCGUACUAAAGAUUCUCGAGCAUGCCCUCUUUGGAAUUGUUCGUCAGCAAUGACGAACCCAUCGCUAAUCAUUGUUUCAUAUCCCUACUUAAUGCGAAUUUGAGAUCACUCUGGUGGCUUAUGUGCAAACGGUCACAUAACUGUUUGCUCUGUAAGUCAACUCAUUUCAUCGUGGGGAAUUCAGUGACACAAUUCACUUCUGAGCAGCCAUAGUCAUGGGUCUAGAGCCAUUGGCUUGGUUUUGCCGGCCCCAAGAAAACGGCAUUUGGGCAAAGACAACAGCUAGUACUCUUGGUGCAUAUACGCCAUGUGGCAUUGAAUCUGUUGUGGGUGAUAUAUCAAAUGUGGUUUUGAUGGGCUUGUGCUUAUAUAGAAUAUGGCUUAUCAUGAAAGACUUUAGACUCAAGAGGUUUUGCUUACGCUCAAAGUACUAUAAUUAUAUGUUGGCCAUUUUAGCAGGCUAUUGUGCCGCGGAGUCCUUGUGCAGAUUACUUUUCAAUGUUUCCAUGUUUGACUUUAGUUCACAAAGUAGCCUUGCUCCAUUUGAGGUAGUUUCACUUAUGAUUGAGACCCUAUGUUGGAGCUCUUUGGUGAUCAUGACACUUUUGGAAACUAAAGUGUAUGUGAGAGAGUUUCGUUGGUAUGUCCGAUUUGGUGUACUUUACGUCUUGGUUGGGGAUAUUGUCAAACUUAGUGUCAUUCUUUCGGUAAAGGAUCUAUACCCAAGAUACGUACUCUAUGUGUACAUCAGUUCGUUGUUCUGUCAGGCUUUAUUUGGAGUAUUUCUUCUUGGUUAUAUACCAAAUUUGGAUGGCUACAUGGGUCAUAUCCCACUUCAAACUGAUCCUGAUGAUGACAUCAAGUAUGAAGUGCUUCGUGGAGGAGAACAUAUAUGUCCAGAGAGGCGUGCUAACAUAUUGUCAAGAAUAUAUUUUGGAUGGAUGACUCCCCUUAUGCAGGAGGGCUACCGAAAGCCUAUAACAGAAAAAAAUGUUUGGAUGUUAGACACAUGGGACCAGACUGAGACAUUGAGUAAAAAGUUCCAGAAAUGUUGGGCUGAAGAAGCUCAAAAGUCAAAUCCAUUUCUUUUACGCUGUUUGAAUAACACUGUUGGAGGAAGGUUCUGGUUUGGAGGCCUUUUCAAAGUAGGCAAUGAUCUUUCUCAGUUUGUGGGACCAGUUAUAUUAAGCUAUCUUCUUCAGUCUUUGCAACAAGGUGAUCCUUCAUGGAUUGGCUACGUCUACGCCUUCUCAAUAUUUGUUGGUGUGUCAUUAGGAGUUCUUUGUGAAGCACAAUACUUUCAGAAUGUUGCAAGGGUUGGAUUCAGGAUAAGGUCAAUUUUGGUUUCUGCUGUAUUUCGAAAAUCCUUGAGGCUAACCCAUGAAGCACGAAAGAAUUUCCCAUCUGGGAAAACUAUGAAUAUGAUAACGACCGAUGCUAAUGCACUCCAGCAAGUAUGCAAUCAACUCCAUGGCUUGUGGUCAGCUCCAUUCAGAAUUGUGCUUUCCAUGAUUCUUCUUUAUCAACAAUUAGGGAUUGCUUCACUUGUGGGUUCUCUCGUUUUGAUUCUCAUGUUUCCUAUACAGACGAUGAUUGUCAGCAAAAUGAGGAAAUUAACCAAGGAAGGAUUGCAGUACACUGACAAAAGAGUUGGACUAAUGAGUGAAAUUUUGGCUGCAAUACAGACCGUAAAAUGUUAUGCAUGGGAGGAAAGUUUCCAAUCUAAAAUUCAAACUAUUAGGAAAGAUGAGCUUCUAUGGUUAUGGAAAUCACAAUUUUUGGGAGCGUGCAACAACUUUAUACUGAACAGUCUUCCGGUUCUUGUGGCGGUGAUUUCAUUUGGUUUUUUCACAUUGCUGGGUGGAGAUUUGACACCAUCAAGGGCUUUCACAUCACUUUCCUUAUUUACAGUGCUGCGAACUCCUUUAAACACGCUUCCUAAUUUAAUUACUCAGGCGGUGAACGCAUACAUUUCAUUACAGCGUUUGGAGGAACUACUUUUAGCUGAAGAGAGAAUUCUAUUACCCAACCCACCUCUUGAAGCAGGGCUUCCUGCAAUUUCAAUAAAAAAUGGCUACUUUUCAUGGGAUCCAAACGCCCCAAAACCAACAUUAUCCGAUAUAAACAUAGAUAUACAAGUUGGCAGCUUAGUUGCAAUUGUGGGUGGUACAGGAGAAGGAAAAACGUCCCUUAUUUCAGCAAUGCUUGGGGAGAUUCCUCCUUGGGAAAACUCAACUGCUAUCAUCAGAGGAACCGCUGCUUAUGUCCCUCAAAUUUCAUGGAUAUUCAAUGCUACAGUACGUGAAAACAUAUUAUUUGGAUCAAAAUUUGAAGCUUCAAGAUAUUGGAAAACUGUACAAGUAACUGCAUUGCAGCAUGAUCUUGACAUUCUUCCAGGUCAUGAUCUAACUGAGAUUGGUGAAAGAGGGGUGAAUAUUAGUGGUGGUCAAAAGCAAAGAGUCUCAAUGGCUAGAGCAGUGUACUCAAACUCAGAUGUCUACAUAUUUGAUGAUCCCUUGAGUGCUCUAGAUACUCAUGUUGGCCGAGAGGUUUUUGAAAAAUGUAUCAAGGAAGAGUUGAGAGGGAAAACAAGAGUGCUUGUGACAAAUCAGCUACAUUUUCUUCCUCAAGUGGAUAAAAUUAUUUUGGUCUCCGAAGGUAUGGUUAAAGAGGAAGGAACUUUUGAAGAGCUCUCGGAAAAUGGGUUGCUGUUUAAAACAUUAAUGGAAAAAGUGGGUGGAAUGGAUGAUCACGUGGAAGGAAGUGAAUGCGGGACUAAUAUCGAUUAUGGAUCCUCAAAACAGUAUGCUGAUGAGGUUGUAGUAGGUGAGUCGACUGAUGAUCAAAGCAUCACAAAAAAGAACCGUAAAUCUGUUCUUAUUAGGCAAGAAGAUAGGCAAACCGGCAUUGUUAGCUGGAAAGUAUUAGCAAGGUAUACGGAUGCUUUAGGAGGCCUAUGGGUUGUCCUGAUAUUAUUCAUUUGCUAUAUUUCAACUGAAGUGCUUCGAAUAUUAAGUAGCACAUGGUUAAGUUACUGGACAGAACAAAGCAGUACAACAAAUCGUGGGCCGGGUUUCUUUCUUAUCAUCUAUUCCUUCUUGUCCCUUGGACAGGUACUGGUAACUUUUGCAAAUUCUUUCUGGUUAAUCACAUCAAGCCUUUAUGCAGCUAAAAGACUUCAUGAUACGAUGCUGCAUUCGGUUCUUAGAGCUCCAACAACAUUUUUUCAAACUAACCCAUUAGGACGGAUGAUUAAUAGGUUUGCAAAUGAUCUUGGUGAUAUUGACCGUAAUGUUGCUAGUAUUGCUAACCAAUUUCUGAAUCAACUUUGGCCAUUACUUUCAACUUUCGUGCUUAUUGCCAUUGUGAGCACAAUAUCUUUAUGGGGCAUAAUGCCCCUUCUUUUCUUGUUUUACACAGCCUACCUCUACUAUCAGAGCACAUCGCGGGAAGUCAAGCGUUUGGACUCGAUAACCAGAUCUCCUGUGUAUGCACAGUUUGGCGAAGCAUUGAAUGGUUUAUCAAGUAUUCGUGCUUACAAAGCAUACGAUCGUAUGGCCACCAUUAACGGCAAAUCAAUGGAUAAUAAUAUCAGAUUUACCCUUCUAAACUUCAGUGCCAACCGUUGGCUCACCAUAAGAUUGGAAACAUUAGGAGGUUUAAUGAUUUGGUUAACCGCCACCUUUGCUGUCAUGCAAUUUUCAAGAACAAGUGAUCAAGUAGCUUUUGCAUCUACAAUCGGUUUACUACUCAGUUAUUCUCUAAAUAUCACAAAUCUCAUGAGUAAUUGUUUGAGACAAGCAAGUAGAGCAGAAAAUAGUUUUAAUGCUGUUGAGCGCGUGGGCACGUAUAUAGAUUUACCAUCUGAGGCUCCAUCUGUAAUUGAGGAAAACCGCCCGCCACCUGGCUGGCCCUCAUUGGGUCUAGUGGAAUUUGAAAAUGUGGGAUUUCGUUAUAGACCGGGUCUUCCUUCGGUUUUGCAUGGUUUAUCUUUUAGCAUAUCUCCUACUGAGAAAGUAGGAAUAGUUGGAAGGACGGGUGCAGGGAAGUCUACCAUGAUUAAUGCCUUGUUUCGGUUGGUUGAGCUUGAAAAGGGAAGAAUUUUGAUUGAUAAUUAUGAUAUCUCGAGUUUUGGAUUGACAGAUUUGCGUAAAGUUCUUGGUAUUAUACCACAAUCACCUGUUCUCUUUUCAGGUACGGUGCGUUUUAAUCUUGAUCCAUUUAAUGAACAUAGCGAUCUUGAGCUUUGGGAGGCUCUUGAAAGGUCAUAUUUAAAAAACGCAAUUGCCAGAAAUCCCUUUGGUUUGGAUGCUGAGGUGUCUGAGGGAGGUGAGAAUUUUAGCGUUGGACAAAGACAGCUGCUGAGUCUUGCAAGGGCAUUACUAAGAAAAUCAAAGAUUCUUGUUCUUGAUGAGGCAACUGCAGCAGUUGAUGUCAGAACCGAUGAUUUAAUACAAAAAACAAUCAGAAAAGAAUUCAAAUCAUGCACCAUGCUCAUUAUUGCUCAUCGACUCAACACCAUCAUUGACUGCAAUAGAAUUCUUGUGCUUGAAAGUGGUCAGAUUGUGGAAUAUGAUACCCCAGAAAGACUAAUAUCACGUGAAGGACCGUUCUUGAAGAUGGUUCAAAGUACAGGGGCUGCAAAUGCUCAGUAUUUACAGGAUAUUGUACUUGGUGGAGAAGGAAUAAACAAGUUCAGUGGAGAAGAAGAGCCUACAGCACAAAUUACUGUUGAUAUAAGCCUUGAAGAUGACAUUUGACAAGUUUUUUUUUUUUUUUUUUUUUUUUUGAAGAAGACAAAAAUAUGAAGAUCAUGCAAACCCAUUCAAGUGAAGAAAGGAAAAUUCAAAAGAAUUAUACAGAACAUGUAGUGAAGAAAACAAAUUACAAAGUGUAAAAGAAUCCCACCCUUGAAGGUGGAUAGAUAUGGUUCUAAGUAUUUCUUUUGAUAAAAAUACUAAUUGCAGGGACAAUGUUGUCACACUUGUAACAACACACAACAUUAUAAUCUUCAUGCCUUUGCCUUGAUGUUACUAUUAUCUA